AGACUUUAAAAGUGUCCCGUCAUCGAUACGCAGAGAGUUUUAGAUCAGUGGUCAGGGUGGCAUAUCCACUGACAGGCACAUUAUUACUCAUCAGCCACAGUUCCGCAUAUUGUGUUUCAAGUGCUAGGAAUCUCCCGAAUCACCCUCCAGGCGUUUAUGUCAGUGGUGCGCAUGGGUCCAUCUGUCUGCCAUCAGUGUAGAGACAGCCUUCCUGCUGAGCCAGAGGACACACUGACACCUGGAGCAGCUCCUUCUUCUACGAGAGGAGGGUGAAGAUGUCACACCAGACUGGAAUAAACGCAACAUCCGACCUGAAAGAGUUCCUGGCCCAAGCGAGGGGAGGUGCCAUCAGAGUCAUGAAGAUUGUCAUUAGAAAUGAGGAGCUGGUGUUGGACUCGUACAGAGAGCCUGCACAGAACUGGGACAAGGAUUACGAUCACUUCCUGCUUCCUCUGCUCACACCUCAGGAACCCUGCUACAUCCUCUACCGCCUGGACACCCAGAAUGCACAGGGAUACGAGUGGAUCUUCAUCGCCUGGUCACCUGACCAGUCACCGGUGAGGCAGAAGAUGGUGUAUGCAGCCACCCGUGCCACACUGAAGAAAGAGUUUGGAGGAGGUCACAUUAAAGAUGAAAUAUUUGGCACAGGAGAGGACGACGUCUGCUUCCAGGGAUACCUGCGACAUAUGACCUCCAGCUUGUCCCCGGCUCCGCUGACAGCAGCCGAACAGGAGUUACAACGAAUCAAAGUCACAGAGGAUAAAGUUGUAUGGGAUGAACGUAGACGGAUUGGGACUCCAACUGCACGAGCUAGGGUUACAAUGGAGUUUGGUUUGGACAAAAGGGCACAGACACUUCAAGGACUCGCAUUUCCGCUCCAGGAAGAGGCCAAACGAGCUCUGCAACAACUCAAGCAGAGGCGUAUCAACUAUAUACAGCUGAGGCUGGAUGUAGAGAAAGAAACCAUUGAGCUUGUUCACACCAAACCUACAGAAACCCACGAGCUUCCCUUCAGGAUCCCUACAGAUUCACCCAGAUAUCACUUCUUCAUCUUCAAACACUCCCACCAGGGUCAGCGGCAGGAGGCGUUGGUGUUCAUAUAUUCGAUGCCCGGGUACACUUGCAGUAUCAAGGAGCGGAUGCUGUACUCAAGCUGCAAGAACAGACUACUGGAUGAGGUAGAGAGAGACUACCAGCUGGAGGUCACCAAAAAGAUGGAAAUAGACAGUGGCGACGGCCUGACAGAAGACUUCCUGUAUGAGGAGGUCCACCCAAUGGAGCACACCUUAAAACAGGCCUUCACCAAGCCACGUGGACCAGGAGGGAAGAGGGGCAACAAACGCCUCAUCAAGGGUGCAGGAGAAAAUGGGGAAGAAAGUUAGAUACUACACACACAUUAGGAAUCAUAUGCAAACACACACAACACAACACAAUAUCUAUGAAUUGACUUGUUUUACUGGUUAACUUCUCAUUUUUUCAUGCUAGGUGCAGAUAUUUCACUCUGAAAACUGAACAAAAAUACAUCCAACAUAAAGCAGAAUUCAUAUUUUAUCCUCCAGGUAAAGGGCUGCUAAAUGUAGGUGAGAUAAAUAUAAUAAUAAUCCCAAAUACAACUCAGGAACUACUUUUUAACCCAAGAGAGAUAUAGUGUGAGUUUGACUUUGAUUGUUCACUGAUACAAAGACAUAUCUUCUCUUAACAGAUGACAUGGCUGUGUCCAAAGAACAAAAAACAGCAACCUAAAAGUCCAACAUUAAAUCAUUUAUAGCGUCUUAAAAAUAAUAAUAAUAGUGCAAGUGCACAUAGCAAAGUUGCAGGGAAAUAGCUGGAUAACAAGCUGGACUUGUUUCUUUAGCAGAGGCAAGUAAUAAUGUGUCUGUAACAGGAGCAACCACAACAGUGUGUCUAUAUGAAGAGAUUUGACCAAGUUUGAACUUAAUUGAAAACAAAAUCUGUUAUAGAUGUCAAAAAGUUUAAUGUUUUGGUAUCACAUUUAAAGGCUAUCUGUGUAUUGCCCAUUAUCUGUUAAUCACUAUCUGCGCUUUUUACCAUUAGGUGAAUUGAAUAAUUGAAAACAAUACUCAAACAAAUAAAAAAAACAAGCAUUAUAUCACAUUAAAAGAUAUAAUGUGUGUUUCAGAACUACACUACUUUCUCUACAAAACAUGUCAUUCAAAUGUUUAUAUCAUAGACACAAUAUUCGUUUGCCUUGAGGAAUUUUUGGAGUUUAAUUUAGAAAAAGGCUGAGGCUUGAACAGUCUCUGGUAUGGAUUUAAACUGAGUAUUAUUCUUGCACACAGCAUCAUUGUUGAUUGUUUUAAUGAAAAACUCUAGGCAUUCUCCCUACUUAAGCCUGGCAACAAGCUGAAAUGAGAUAAUAUUGGAUGUUAUAUGUUUCAUUGUACAUGGAUGUUUAUUUCUAUUUUUUAAUUACACCAAGUACUUGUGAAGUUCCUGGCACCUUCACUUUCUUUGUUUCUCACAGUCACUGGUUGGUGAAUAGUUAUGACAUUUCAUCUAGAGAUGGGUUCCCCUUUAUAUUCCCUUGUAGAGGCUGUCUAUACUUUCCCUAUGGUUCCAUUUUUAUCACAUGCAAACACAUGCUCUUCACCUGUACAGUUGCCUUCUCUAGUCAUCAUGUCCAGGUUUGACUGCAGUCAGCAGAAGGUCGUUGUUUUACAAAAACCCACAAUAAAAGAUUUUCUUUAUGUUACUGGUCUUGCAUCCUUAUUUUUGCCUGCCACUAUGUG